CUUGGCUCCGCCAUUGUUUUGACAGUUUUGUUUGCUAACCGAAAUGUGGACUUAUUUAGUCGCUGUUGGAGUGAAGUUGAAACUACACAUUAAAAAUGCGGUUUUAGGAAACCCGUCAGAAACUCGGGGGGCAUGAGAGAAGACGCACACUUCCAACAGAUUCCUUAUAGGAGCAGAAGAGCUGAGAUCACGUUGUGCAACGCUCUAUCUAUAGGAUGUACAAGGACUACAGAUCAGGUCGAGUCACAGGACUCAACACUCUGCCGUUUGAUCCAGCAGCCAACAACGACCCUCUCCAGUUCAACGGUUCUAGUGGCCCCCUUGGGCCUGAGUGCUCUCCUUUGGAAAACACUGCUGAAAACGGCAAAAAGAGAAAGAGAGUCAGCCUUCCUCCAGAAGGGAUCUGUAACAUGACAAUGGACUCCAACUCAAUGACGAUGCCCAUGUCAGACCCCAACCCCUGGGCAGCUAUGAACAACAUGGGGAUGCCUCCUAUAGGAAUGACCGGACAGCCGCUUAUACCAGAUUUUGAUCCUAACCUUGGUAUGAUGGCUGGGAUAACCCCCAUAAACCCAAUGAUGCCUGGCCUCGGCAUGGUGCCUGCACCCGUCUCCCAGGACGUACCAGUCGUGAAGGAGAUCAUCCACUGCAAGAGCUGCACCCUUUUCCCCCCCAACCCCAACCUUCCUCCUCCAGCCACAAGGGAACGCCCCCCAGGUUGCAAGACCGUGUUUGUCGGUGGUUUGCCGGAAAACGCCACGGAACAGCUCAUCAUGGAGGUUUUUGGGCAGUGCGGCGAUAUCACGGCCAUUCGCAAAAGCAAGAAGAACUUCUGCCACAUCAGAUUCGCAGAGGAGUCCACAGUAGACAAGGCUCUCUUCCUGUCUGGUUAUCGAAUCCGUUUGGGCUCCAGCACAGACAAAAAGGACACCGGUCGCCUCCACGUUGACUUUGCACAGGCCAGAGAUGACCUGUAUGAGUGGGAGUGCCGCCAGCGCAUGCUGGCCCGAGAGGAGCGCCACAGGCGCAAGAUGGAGGAGGAUCGCCUGCGGCCGCCCUCCCCUCCUCCGAUUGUCCACUAUUCAGAGCAUGAGUGCAGCCAGCUGGGGGACAAAAUCAAAGACGAUGGAAAGUUUCCAGAGGCCGUGCGAGUGCUCCUGACCUGGCUGGAAAGGGGGGAAGUCAAUCGCAGAAAUGCCAACAACUUCUACUCCAUGAUCCAGUCCUCCAACAGCCACAUCCGCCGGCUGAUUGGUGAGAAGAGUCAGCACGAGAAGGAGAUGGAGGAGGCCAAAGACAAGUUCAAGACGGCUCUGGCUGGCAUAGUGGCUCAAUGUGAGUCUCUAACAUUUCUCCUCCUACUUACCACAGUGCCUCGCACCUUUAGUGUUCUGAGACUUUGUCCUUAUAUAAACUCAGACUUUAGUUUUUUAUAAAGAUUUUAUGUCACU